AUGCAGCGUUUGCCAGCCAUGUUGUGCCGCAAAGUUGUUCGUCCAUCAUGCGACGUCUUCAUAAAUCACCGUGGGAUCGACACAAAGAGGAACAUCGCGGGUUUGCUUUACGAUAGUCUAACGAGGAUGGGAGUGAGGUCCUUCUUAGACAGCAUGAACAUGAAACCAGGGGACAGGCUCUUUGACCAUAUUGACAAGGCCAUUCUUGGAUGCAAGGUUGGUGUCGCUGUCUUCUCUCCUCGUUAUUGUGACUCAUAUUUCUGUCUCCAUGAGCUCGCUCUUCUCAUGGAGUCCAACAAGAGGGUUGUCCCUAUCUUCUACGAUGUGAAGCCGUCACAGCUUCUGGUCAAAGACAACGGAACAUGCUCUGCUAAAGAGCUUCAAAGGUUCACUUUAGCACUCCAAGAAGCUAAAAACACUGUGGGAUUAACCUUCGAUUCCUUGAAUGGGGAUUGGUCGGAGCUGCUAAGGGAUGCUUCGGAAGCAGUGAUCGUGAACUUGCUGGAGGUGAAGGAAGAAGAAAAGCGAAUGAGGAAGUAA